AUGCUCGGAUUUCUUUACAAGUUGUUUUACCGUUUUGCAUCCGUGGAUGGAACUGAGUCAGCCUGUAGGGGCAGCGCAGUUGAUUCCGGAUGGACAGAUUUGCAAGAAUCAAACCGACAACCGUGCACGAAGAAGCAAAAGAAUGAGGAUUUAGGGUUUGGGCAUGAUAGGAUAAGUGAGCUACCCGAUGAAGUCAUCAUCAAUAUUCUCUCAUUCCUACCCUUGAGAGAUGCUGUUUCCACUGGCCUUCUUUCAUCCCGAUGGUUGGAUUUGUGGAAGCACACUAAUCAUCUCGAUUUUUUCGACACCGAUGAUCUCUAUCGAGAAAAGAGUGACACAGAGCAUGAUUUGUGGGAUGUGGGGACGUGCAAGCAUGUCAAAAUGGUGAAUUCGGUUCUUGAAUCGCAUCAAGCUCCCUUCCUGGAAGAGUUCAGGCUUCAUUUCUACGUAAACAAGUCAGCACAAAGCGCAGUCGCCAAAUGGCUCAGAUUCGUGUGGUCAAGACAAGUCGAGAGCUUGGAUUUGAACUUCCGGUGUGACAAGGAGAAUGAUCUAGUUGUGUUAGAAGAUUUGCUGGGAGAGAUGAAACCAAUGAAAUAUCUCCAGAAUUUGUCUCUAAUGAUGAUGAAAUUAAGGGGUGAAGACGUCUCCUUGUUCCUAAAAAAUUGCCCUCUCCUGAGGAAAUUGAGAAUCAUACAAUCAUAUUUGACGUCUGAUGUUCAUAUCUCCGUGGCAACCCCCGCGUUGGAGGAUCUUCAGAUAGCUCUAUGCGUCUUUUCGGAGUCCGUUAUAAUUAAUAUUUCUGCUCCAAAUCUUUCUAUAGUUUGUGUUGAUGCAAGACCGGGCCAACUACGGUUCAAGAAUGUUCCAAGACUUGCUGACACAUCUUUUAUAAUAGAAGGUCCAAGCUAUACAAUGCACCAUUUUACUUCUACCUUAUCCUGCUUGACUUCCCAACUCCACAAACUUACAUUGUGUGGUCCCAACGUCGACAAGCUUUUGGGGAAAGGUUUUCCUCAACUGCCAAAUCUCAAAGAAUUGUUCCUUAGUGACCGUACCUGUCUUUUACCAUUAACUUACGUGAUAUCGGCAUGUCCUCGUCUUCAAUGCUUCACUAUCACGGUUGGUAUAUAG